CCGUUAUACGCCGGGGUCUGUUAGUGCCGUGUCCAACAGAGCUGUAUCACGCAGGGAUGCAGGGAUGCUGAGAGGCCUGCCGGCGCGUGGAAUGCGCGCGUUGUCACAGCGACAGAGCAGCUUGGAUACAGAGCGUCACAGAGCGAGUGAAUGCGCAUGAGAGAGAGAGAGAGAGAGAGAGAGAGAUGGGCAAUCAAAAACCUCACAGCAUCUCUCCCAUCGCAAAGGCUCCCGGAAUCACGGGGAAACGACAGCGGAGCCGGUGAGCACCACGACCGCCCUCAGUAGCUGGAAUCAGACGCUCGAGAUGCCGAUAGAUUAAACACGAGACUUCACUGAUAAAGUCAGCACGUUACGCCGGCGUUUGUUCCCGGAAACCCGAAAUAAAUCACCUCAAAAACGGAAAGAGAGUGUCGAUUCGACUCAUAGAGGGGAAAAACAGGUCAUAGAAGUGAAUUCGUGCUUGUUGCUUCGUUUUCCAUCCAUAUGCGCUAUAAUGGGAGAAGCCGGCGGUCGUUUCCAACCAAGCUUUUCAACGGACAAAUCCAACUAGACUUCAUGUAGAUCGAGCUGCGCGCGUGAGCAAUUCUUCACUUUUGAAGUCGUUUCAUCUGAAUCCGUCUUAUGACUGGGUGUUGUCGGGAGAAACCGUGAAACAUUGUCUGCUGUUCUCGGACAACGGAGAACCUUUUGGUUUAUUCCGAGCUCAGGCUGAUGGAAUUGCGCUGAGCAACGCUUGAGAAAACGAGGAAAUACCCACAGAGCUCCAAUAUACAGACAUCUGAUUUCUGCCUGCGGCUCAUUUCCAGGAUCAGCAAUCAUCUGCGUGACCUCUUUAACUAACCCCAUGAGGACGGCUGAGGGAGAUGGAACGUAACAGACUUUUCUUCUUUACUCUCUACUGCAUUUCCACGAUAACCCACCAGGGCUGAGCACAACCACAGCCCCUCGUCCACCCCAACCCUUCCACAGUCCCCCCAUUCCUGUCCUCCCUCUUGCUCCCUGAAAGACCAAAACAAACCAGCAGGACCACUUUUUCUUGGUCUGUUUCCUUUGCCCUUCACCCGUGAUAAAGCAAAGCGGAAGUCAAUAAACCGGCGAAGCGAAGAAGGAAAAAACAAGACAGUCAUGUAUCUGCCCCAUGCCUGCAAAUGCGAUUUGGGCCAUGCCCGCAACUCAGAGGCCACCCACGCAAUUACUCUCCUCUGGUUGACUCUGUGGAUCACCUUGGCAUCGUGUCAGCGCAUUGAUCCCGGCUCCAAAUACCCCACCGUCACCACAAACUACGGCAAGUUGCGCGGGAUUAAAAAAGAGCUUAACAACGAGAUUCUGGGUCCCGUGGAACAGUACCUUGGCGUCCCCUAUGCCACAGCGCCAAUCGGAGACCGUCGUUUUCAGCCGCCGGAAGCUCCUGGGUCUUGGCAGGAAGUGCGGAACGCUACACAGUUCGCCCCUGUUUGCCCGCAGAACGUGCAUGGUGUUUUACCUGAGAUCAUGCUGCCUGUGUGGUUUACCGACAACUUGGACGUGGCCGCCACCUACAUUCAGAAUCAGAGCGAAGACUGUCUCUACCUCAACGUCUAUGUGCCCACAGAGGAUGGUCCACUCACAAAAAAACACGAUGAAUCAACACUGAACCGGCCACGAGAUGAAGACAUCCGUGACCGCAGGAAGAAACCAGUCAUGCUGUUCAUUCACGGAGGCUCUUACAUGGAAGGAACCGGAAACAUGUUUGACGCCAGUGUGCUUGCAGCAUAUGGGAACGUCAUUGUAGUCACCAUGAACUAUAGGCUGGGAGUUCUGGGUUUUCUUAGCACAGGAGAUCAGUCUGCUAAAGGGAACUAUGGCCUGUUGGAUCAAAUCCAGGCCUUGCGUUGGCUGAAUGAGAAUAUUGGACACUUUGGUGGCGAUCCUGAACGAAUCACUAUCUUUGGCUCUGGGGCUGGAGCGUCUUGUGUCAACCUACUCAUCCUGUCCCACCACUCUGAGGGCCUGUUUCAGAGAGCCAUUGCUCAGAGUGGUUCAGCCAUCUCCAGCUGGUCCAUUAGCUACCAGCCCUUGAAGUACACUAAGAUUCUGGCCCGUAAAGUGGGAUGCACAUAUGGGGAGACCACAGACCUGGUGGAUUGUCUCCGCAGGAAAAAUUUCAGAGAGUUGGUGGAUCAGGACAUUCAGCCGGCCCGCUAUCACAUUGCAUUUGGACCUGUGAUGGACGGAGACGUUGUGCCAGAUGACCCCGAGAUCCUGAUGCAGCAGGGGGAGUUCUUGAACUACGACCUUCUGAUUGGUGUAAAUCAAGGAGAGGGGCUGAAGUUUGUGGAUGAUGGGGGCACUGAGAGUGAAGAGGGCAUUUCAGCUGCAGCUUUUGACUACACCAUCUCCAACUUUGUGGAUAACCUCUAUGGAUAUCCUAAAGGUAAAGACAUCCUGAGGGAGACUAUUAAGUUCAUGUACACAGACUGGGCAGACCGAGACAAUGGGGAAAUGCGGCGCAAGACUCUCCUGGCAUUAUUCACUGAUCACCAGUGGGUAGCGCCAGCCGUAGCUACUGCCAAGCUCCACGCGGAGUACCAGUCUCCCGUCUACUUCUACACCUUCUAUCACCACUGCCAAACAGAGACUCGACCCGAAUGGGCAGACGCUGCACACGGGGAUGAGAUACCAUAUGUGUUUGGUGUGCCCAUGAUUGGAGCAACAGACCUCUUCCCUUGCAACUUUUCCAAAAAUGAUGUCAUGCUUAGCGCUGUGGUGAUGACAUACUGGACCAACUUUGCCAAGACCGGGGAUCCCAACUUGCCAGUUCCUCAGGACACCAAGUUCAUCCACACCAAGCCCAACCGCUUUGAGGAAGUGAUCUGGACCAAGUUCAACUCCAAAGACAAGCAGUAUCUCCACAUUGGCCUGAAGCCUCGCAUCCGGGACAACUACCGAGCAAAUAAGGUUGCCUUCUGGCUGGAACUGGUUCCUCACCUCCACAACCUUCACGAGGAGGUCUUCAGCACCGCCACAACCCGGCUGCCUCCAGGAACCGCCCGCACCCCACACUGGAAGGGUCAGGGACCUCGUACCACACGCCAUCCCAUCCCAACCUUCCCUACAGAAUCGGACCCAGAUGGCUCAGAGCCCCCUCGAUUCCCUCCCUUCCCAAGCGACACCCGGGACUACUCUACAGAACUGAGUGUGACGGUAGCUGUCGGUGCAUCGCUCCUCUUCCUCAACAUCCUUGCCUUCGCCGCACUUUACUACAAACGCGACAAACGGCACGAGAUGCGACGGCACCGACUGUCCCCGCAGCGAGGCGGACCUGCUAAUGACUUAGCACACAGCCAAGAGGAAGAGAUCAUGUCCCUGCAAAUGAAGCACUCGGAGCACGACGCCCACCACGACAUGGAGCCGUUGCGACCGCAUGAUAUUUUACGUCCCGCAUGCCCACCCGACUACACAUUGGCACUUCGGCGGGCACCCGACGAUGUUCCGCUCAUGACCCCCAAUACUAUCACCAUGAUUCCCAGCACCAUUACUGGCAUGCAACCCCUCCAUGCCUUCAACACUUAUCCUACAACCACCGGCCACAACAACACCUUACCCCACCCUCACUCCACCACCCGUGUAUAGUAGCGCCCCCAAACGAGAGGACUAGCUCUCAUACAUAUCCAGUUUUCUCUCUCUGUCCACCUUUCCAAGCUCCUAAACUUAAGAUGCUCUCAGUUCAGCUGUCUAGAGCAGCUACUCCUGUUGGCGUUCUCAUAGACACAAUCAAGGUUUCGUAGAAGUUGCACACACUAGAGGAGCUCUGUUUGUAGACUCAACGAUGAGCAACAGAUUUGGUCGGCAGUGACAAGUCAUCGGCCUCGUACUGGAUUCAACUUGCUGUUUGUUUUUACACAUUGUUCUUAAAGAAAUUGGGCGUCAGUGAUUGACUAAGCUGAUCCGAUGUCAUGAGGGGAAAUUAUGACAUUUACCCACUUUUCUUCUCUCACUAAAUUGGCAGAGUGCAGAUUUCAUCCAUCCUUUUUGUCAUCCUCCUUUGUUAUUCCAUUACCAGCCCAUCGCUCUCUGUCCGAAUGUGAUCUGUGUCCUUGGAUUAUGUUUUACAUGAAUCAUAGGGGCAUUCGAUAAAAGGUGGUAGCUGGAUAUGUUGCGUUAAGCUGCAGUCUUGUGUCAAGUAUUAAAUCAUACCUUGUAACGAGACGCAGAGAAUGAGAGAAAGUGACAGCAUCUGACAGAAGACGAAAACAAAAGUGCCAACCUCCACUCUUUUUGGAUUGCUCGUUGGGAUCUAUGCAUGAAAUAUUUUAAAGCACCAAGAUGGACAUUUGCAUUUUUUUUUUUAAGUUUGCUUGCUUAAAAUGCCUACAGAAACCUUCUCUGCAGUAGAAUUUUCAUCAGUAUUAGUCCAAAUAUAACCUCUUCCUCAGUCUGACCACUCUAUAGGACAGUAUCCUCUCUCUGUAUCCAGAAAGAGAGCUAUUGGCAAUAUUCUUUUAAAUGCUUUUUGACAUUCAUUUGCAGUUGUUGGUGCUAUUAUUUGACCAUCAACCAUGUAGGGCUCUGCCAGAGCCAUCUGUGAUGGUCCGGACAGUUGCAUAAAUACAGCAAAUAGUGAAUGCACAUGUAGCUUUGCAUCUCUUUUAUGGGCCUCUGACCGUUAUAUUUCUCAGAUACAAAUGAUUCUCUUACACCUCGGCCCAUCUUUCUCUCUCUGUGGCCUCUCUCGUUCUAUCUCUGUCCUUACUCUUUCAGUUCAAAAUCAAAAUUUAAUAAGCAUCUUUUUUGUGUAUUUGUGCGUGUGCACACAUAAAGAGUGUGUUUUCUAGGCAAUAGCUAGGUGUCCUGUACAUUUGUGUUAAUGUGAAUGUGUGAGAUAAGAGAUUAUGAGACGGAGAGGCACAACGAGAGAGAGAAAUGCAGACUUCUGAGUUUGUUCAAUCCUCAUAACACAGAAAUCUCCUUCAUCUGUGGCCCUCUACCAUUCAGGAAAACCUACCUGGCCAUUUUACAUACAAAAUAGUUAGGAAUAGGCUGGAAGCACUGCUAAUAUGUUUACCCACAUCUCUACAUAUCUCACAUCUGUCUGCACUGCACACUUGACCUUUUUGACAAGAUUAUGACAAGCACAGCAAAUAGUGGUGGUGGCAAACCAGAUCUAUAUAUAGACAAAUCUUACAGAUUGUUUCUUCAGAAUACAUGUUCAGGUUAAAGAACGAAUGGCUCAGAAUCACUGGACAGUAAUAAACUGCGGGAUAAACAUGAUCACUUACGUUCUCUUCAUGCCUUGUUAGUCAUAUUUUUCUGCCACUGCUGUGUGUCACGGGAGGAUGACGGUUUGUCUCACUGUUGGCUCCGUUUGCCAGUGUAUUGAGUCUGAGAUGCCCAG